GUCCACAUCUCAGCGCUGCUUGAUAAUACAAUCUACAACCCACUACAUACGGCCGAUCCUUUUACUACCGCUCGCACGCCAUCUGAAUUACCACAUCGUAUCCCGCGCGCCGCCGGACCACCGCAGCAGAAGCCUCGGGCGACCCGCGCAUCUGCCUUCACACUCGCGAACCCAGCAUCUACUCUACCACCAUGUCUGAACCUAUCCCCGAAUCAAUACCUACAUCCGCCGACCCGCGCUCCAAGCGCCCCACAAAAAAGCGCGCCCUCACCCCGCGCACAGCUCAAGCCUCGCAAGUCGAAGCCCUCUUUGCAAAGCCCGACCGCGACAUCCACAUCCCCGGCUCCGCCCUCUCCAAAAACCUCGCCCUGCCCCCAGAAAUAGUCGCCAAUGUCCAAGGUUCCAGUGCGGGUGCAGGCAGUGGCGAAUUCCACGUCUACAAGGCGAGUCGGAGGAGGGAGUACGAGCGGUUAAGGAUGAUGGACGACGAGGUGAAGAAGGAGGAGGAUGAGAAGGAGUUCAAGUCACGGAAGGAGGAUUUGGAGAAGAGAGAUAGGGAGAAGACGGAGAGGAAUAGGCUGAAGAGGGAGAAGGCGCGGUUAAGGAAGGAGAAGGCGAAGAAGGGUGGGAAGGGGAGCGGGGAGGGGAGUGAGCGGGAUGGCACGCCAGCUGCAGAAGAUAGAGGGAGGAGAAAGUUGGUCCCGAAUGCGAAUGGGCUGAGGGCCGGUGAGGAGGGUUAUGGGGAGGAAAAUGAGGGCGGGGAGGUCAAGAACGCUGAGGAGAUUGGCCUCGUGAUCGAGGAUGAUGACUGAGGCGACAAGAUCGAGUGAGGAUAUCACAUCACACGUGAAGAUAUUUUUGAUACCCGGAGAGAGUUGACGUUGAACGUUUGCCGAAAAGGACUGCCCUCUUUGAACCGUGGACUUUAUGAAGGACACGAUCGUUUGAGAGUGAGGGACGGGGUUAUAUCUCUGGUUUUUCAAAUUAGGUUUUAUUCGACAAUGCUUUUUAGAACCCACACAUAUGAUCAGGGGCUGAAGGAUCAUCUGGGAAUAACAUA